AUGGUGCUACAUCAGUUCGAUUACAUCUUCGGCAUCGCCAUGGUGUUCGGGUUCCUGGACGCCUUCAAUAUCGGCGCCAACGACGUGGCCAACUCAUUUGCGUCGUCAAUUUCGUCGCGCUCGCUCACAUACCCGCAAGCCAUGAUUCUGGCAGGCCUGUGCGAAUUUCUGGGCGCCGUCCUCGCCGGUGCCAGGGUCUCCAGCACCAUCAAAAACAACAUCAUCGACGCCUCGGUCUACAGCAAAGACCCUGCAGUUCUAAUGCUCACCAUGGCGUGUGCGCUGGUCGGAUCCUCCUGCUGGCUGACUAUCGCUACCGCAAUCGGACUUCCCGUGUCAACAACCCAUUCCAUCGUGGGAGGCACCAUAGGCGCCGGAAUUGCCGCAGGCGGCUCCAAGGGUGUUCACUGGGGCUGGGACGGUGUGUCGCAGAUCAUCGCUUCCUGGUUCAUCGCCCCGGUGCUCGCAGGCGCCAUCACGGCCGUUGUAUUUCUAACAUCCAACGUGUGCGUUUUGCGCGUCAAACCCAUCGAAAGAUCCAUCAAAAAUGCGCUGUUGUUGGUCGGUGUAUUGGUCUUUGUCACAUUCUCAAUUCUGACCAUGCUUAUCGUGUGGAAAGGAUCGCCCAACUUGCACUUGGAUGACUUGUCCGGAAAGACAACAGUUUUGUCUAUCAUUCUUACCGGUCUGGUAGCCUCAACAGUAUAUUUCACGUUUUUCUACCCAUUUUACCGCAGAAAGCUGCUGCAUCAAGACUGGACCUUAACGCUUCUUGACCUUUUUAAAGGACCCUCACUUUACUUCAAGUCUACCGACGACAUCACCCCCAUGCCCGAGGGCCACGAACUCACAAUCGACUACUACGAGGGAAGACGAGUUACUGAAGAUUCCAGCGUAAAUUCUGCAGAUGAAGAAAAUAAAGUUGUGUGUGAAUCCAAGACUGAAGUUGAGUGUGAGUCGAGCAGAACCGUGCCUGCGGACGACAAAAAAACCGAGGACAUGUCCACCAGGCAGCUGUGGUGGCACCUACUAACCAAAGGACCCAAAGCAUGGCCGCGGUUGCUGUGGCUUGUGGUUUCUCACGGAUGGACUCAAGACGUUCUCAAGGCUCAGGUGAACGAUAAAGAUAUGCUUUCUGGUGAUCUCAAGGACAUGUACAAAAGAUCUCAUUUCUAUGACAAUCGUGUCGAAUACGUUUACUCCGUGCUGCAGGCAAUCACUGCGGCGACCAUGUCCUUUGCCCAUGGCGCUAACGACGUUGCCAAUGCCAGUGGUCCUUUGUCUGCGGUAUAUGAGAUUUGGCAGACAAACCGGACGGGCUCCAAAUCCGACGUGCCCGUGUGGGUUCUGGCGUACUGUGCAGCCGCGCUGGUUCUCGGGUGCUGGACGUACGGGUACAAUAUCAUCAAGAAUCUCGGCAACAAGAUUAUUUUGCAAUCUCCUUCGAGAGGUUUUUCGAUCGAAUUGUCCGCUGCCAUCACUACCGUCUUGGCCACACAGUUGGCAAUUCCCACAUCGACGACGCAGAUUGCAGUCGGCGGUAUUGUCGCUGUUGGUCUGUGCAACAGAGACUUCAAAUCCGUUAAUUGGAGGAUGGUGGCAUGGUGCUACCUGGGAUGGUUCCUGACCUUGCCGAUAGCUGGACUGAUCGCUGGUAUUCUCAAUGGUAUAAUUCUCAACGCACCUCACUUUGGCGGCGAGUACCAGAUGACUUGA